UAUUUGAAUUCAUGUUUCAUUAUUUGAUUACAAGUGUUGUUACUAGUUACUUUUAGGUGGUUUGUGACUUUUUCUUUACUAAUAAUAUAUAUUUGAUGUUGUUUUUUACCGUAUAAAAAGGGUUUUUGAGUGGGGGUUUAUUAGGGUAUCUCUCAAGAUAAAGUUAACUUAAAGGUGGAAGCUUUGUGAUAAUAGAAGAUAGGACAUGAGGGCUAUUAUUGGUGUUUAAAGAGGCACCAGUCAACGGUUUAUGGCAAUAGGAGCAAGGAUGAUGAUGAACCAAGAAGAAGAGAUAAGAAACAAAAGACAGCAAGAUGAGAGUGAUGGUGAUGAUCAUGAAAAGGACAUGGUGAUGCCUGGAUUUCGGUUUCAUCCGACCGAGGAAGAGCUUGUUGAGUUCUACCUUCGCCGUAAGGUAGAGGGCAAGAGAUUCAAUGUUGAGCUCAUCACUUUUCUUGAUCUUUACCGAUACGACCCGUGGGAACUUCCUGCUUUAGCCGCAAUAGGCGAAAAAGAGUGGUUUUUCUAUGUGCCAAGAGAUAGGAAGUACCGCAACGGGGAUCGACCUAACCGUGUGACAACAUCAGGCUACUGGAAGGCGACCGGAGCCGAUAGGCUAAUCAGAACAGACAACUUUAGAUCCAUAGGAUUAAAGAAAACGCUUGUGUUUUACUCCGGAAAAGCUCCAAAAGGAAUUCGAAGUAGUUGGAUCAUGAAUGAAUACCGGUUACCUCAUCACGAAUUCGAAAGACUACAAAAGGCUGAGAUAUCAUUGUGUAGGGUUUACAAACGAACUGGAGUAGAAGACCAUCCAUCUCUACCUCGUACUCUCCAAACAAAGAGUACCUUAAUAUCUCCAAACAAUAGUAACAAGCAGCACCCACAGAAUGCCACGAGUUUCAACUGUUUUGAAGGCCAAUCUUCUCACCACAAUGAACACAAAACCGGUGGUUGCAACACAACAAACAUUAACGUUGGAACUGCUCUCGGUCUCCCAAAUCCUAUUAACUCCAUCUUCGUUAACAACGUUGAUGAUCUACGUAGGAUUUUGAGUUCCCAACAAGCUCUAGACAAUUGCCCACCCUCUCAACUUCUUAAUAUGAAUAAUUAUCAACUCAAUGUUUGUUCUAACUACUCUCCAAAUCUCUCCAGUAAUAAUUUGCUGGCACAACAACAGCAACAACAACAACAACCGCGAUCAGAACAGCCAGAACUGCCGCCUCAUGUGCAUCCCCAAGCACUUCUUGCGCCUAAUUACUUGGCUGGAGCGGUUCAAGGAGCGUUUCCGGACAGACUUUGGGAAUGGAAUUCGAUGUUGAGUGAAGGAAGCAAGGAUUCCAUUGACCCUUUCAAGUAAUUUGUUGCUAUGCUUAUAAGUUGCAUGCAUAGUGUAAACUUAACGUGCAACAAUUAUUGAUUUUUGUAUAAUCAAGUUAUGUUUUAGGAUCUUUAAACUAAUUAUGUUAAGUGAUAAGGUGAAUUCAUUAUAUGUAAAAUGACAUAUUGACAUAUUGGCUUAUUAGGGUUUUCGAUUUUUGAGGCAAGAAACUUCUGCCCAAAAGUAGUUUAUUCCUUUCUAAUGAAAUAUGUAAUUUGUGUUG